AGAAAUUCUGGCUGGUGGCCAAUCCAGCUGCCUUGCCUCCCUGCCUCCCCCCUUUCAGAUUCUCUUCUUACCAGGAUCUCUUUCUCUCUCUGCUUGGAGUAAAAAGAGCACAGCAGAUACCUUUCAUCUGGGGGGUGCUAAUGUGAUAAUCUUGCAGCUUCCUGGGAGGGGAAACGGGGCGGAGACACAACGGCUCUCACCUGUCCCCCGAGGAGAAAGAGGCGGAGCCUAGAGGAACUUGAACUCGUCCGGAAAGUUUACACAAGAAAAAGAAAAAAAGUGACUGGCCUGGGAGAAAGAAGAGGACGUCGCUGCUGCUGCCGCCGCCGCCACCGCCCUGGGAGGUCGCUGGAGACAGGGAGGGAUUUUCCAACAAGGAAACAAAGUCCGGAAAUUCAGCAAGAAAAACUUGAGCGAAGGGGGACUUUUUCCCAAAGAUUCCCCCCUCUUCUUUUUCCCCCCGCAAAAGAGCAUCAAUUCAAUUUCUGCCUUUGCCCCCCGUCCCGGCCUGAGGCUUGGGAGUAGGAAUCUAUUUGACUUGCACAAAGGGGAGAAUCGGCUGCAACUUGUCCUCAGAAGAUGCUCCCCGCGAGCUAAGGAGACAGCUAAGUACAUUCCACCCUCCCACGAGGCAGACAACUUUCUAGGAAAGGGAACGCCUCAGCAAGGGGUUUUAAAAAUGAUUUUUGGUUGAAGCUGCCCGUCUCCUCUUCUUUCAAACUUUUAUGUUUAAACAGAAAAAUCAAUACUCCGUUUUUCUUUGGACCUAACUUCGGGCAGUUGAGGGGUGGAGGAGAAAAGUCCCUCUCACCGCCGAAUUCUUCGUGACUAUUUCUGGGGCGGGUGUGUGUUUCAGAAGAGGAGAAGGCUAUCCACAAGGGGCAUUUAUUUCCUUCCUUCCUGUCCCCCGGUCCCGGUGUGACUGGCUUUCCCUUUCCUCUCUCCCUCAUGGAAAGCAGCCUCCAUGGCUCUGAGCAAAGGGCUGAGGCUGCUGUGGAAGCAGGAACCCACCGCAAGCGCCCUGCUGGAGGCGCGCAGCCGCCAGGACUGCUUGCUGCUGGAAGCCGGCACAAUAGCCACCCUCACUCCUGAAGAAAAGGAAGAAAUUAAACGGCAAUAUGAGAAGCUCAUGGAUGCUUAUGGAUGCUUAGGAGAACUUCAUUUAAAGUCUGGCAACACCACACUGCAUUUUCUGGUCCUUGUGACAGGCUGUACAUCAGUGGGAAAAAUCCUUGAUGCUGAAGUUUACAGAAUCACAGCAACAGAAUUCUGUCCUCUCCAGGAAGAAACUAAGGAAGAGGAUCGUGUUUCUGCCUUGAAGAAAAUUCUGAAUUCUGGAGUGUUCUAUUUCUCUUUGCCAAAUGCAGGAUCAAACUUUGAUCUCACUGUCCGAGCCCAGAAGCAGGGCGAUAACAAUUAUGGAAGCAGAAACUCAUUUUUCUGCACCUGGCAGGCCAAAAUAUCUGAUGGGCUGAAUUUGACUUGGUUGGUCAUAAGCUAUGUUACUUUCACAAUAAGGAACCAUCUGUUGCAUGACCCCUUUAAACACUACCAGGUGAAUUGUUCUGAUUGGCUGUUGAAAGUGAUCUGUGGCGUGGUGGACAUUCGCACUCUGUAUGCAUCCCACAAGAAGGCAAAGGCCUGUCUAAUCUCCCGGAUCAGCUGCGAACGAGCUGGUGCCCGGUUUCACAUACGAGGAGUCAAUGAUGAUGGGCAUGUUUCUAACUUUGUUGAGACGGAGCAGACUAUCUAUUUGGACAAUGAUGUUUCUUCCUUUGUUCAAAUCAGAGGCUCAGUUCCAUUAUUUUGGGAGCAACCUGGUCUGCAGGUUGGCUCCCAUCAUCUGAAACUUACCAGAGGCCUGGAAGCUAAUGCUCCUGCUUUUGACAAGCAGAUAAUGCUUCUGAAAGAACAAUACGGAAAACAAGUGAUUGUUAAUCUGUUACGAAGCAAAGGAGGAGAGGAUGUCCUCAACAGGGCUUUCAAGAAGUUGCUCUGGGCAUCAUCCCAUGCAGCAGAUACGCCCAUGAUAAAUUUUGAUUAUCACCAGUUUGCAAAAGGUGGGAAAAUGGAGAAGCUUGAGAAUUUGCUGGGGCCUCAGCUAAAGUUGCAUUGGGAAGAAUUAGGCAUCUUCACAAAGGGUGAACAUGCAAGUUUCCGUCAACAGAUGGGUACUUUGCGAAUCAAUUGCCUGGAUUGUCUGGCUCGAACUAACACCGUUCAGUCCUUCAUAGCGCUUGAGGUUCUGCUCACUCAGUUGGAGAGCCUGGCAUUAAACUCCAAGCCUAUAGUUGAUCGUUUCCUGGAGUCUUAUAAAGCAAUGUGGGCCCUCAGUGGACACAAUCUCAGUAGGAUUUUUACAGGCAGCCGUGCCUUGGAAGGAAAAGCUAAGGUGGGGAAACUCAAGGACGGUGCCCGCUCAAUGUCACGGACCAUUCAGUCAAACUUUUUUGAUGGUGUGAAACAGGAAGCAAUUGACUUACUGCUUCUGGGGGAUUUCUACAGUGAAGAAUAUGCAGAUAAAGAGAGAAUGCUCAUGGACAACACAGCACUGAUGAUGACUCCUAGCAUUUUGAAAGCCAUGUCAGAGCGUCAGUUUGAAUUCACAUACUUCAAGAGAAUUCGUGUUGCCAUGGGGACUUGGAAUGUAAAUGGAGGCAAGCAGUUUAAGAGCAAUAUCCUUGGUACUAGCGAGUUAACAGAUUGGUUACUGGAUUCCCCAAAGCUCUCUGGGGUUUCAGAAUUUCAAGAUUACCAUUGUCCAGCUGACAUAUUUGCUGUGGGAUUUGAAGAGAUGGUGGAAUUAAAUGCUGGGAAUAUUGUGAAUGCCAGCACAACUAAUAAGAAGAUGUGGGGAGAACAACUUCAGAAAGCUCUUUCCAGGACACACCGGUACAUUCUGCUGACAUCAGCACAGCUUGUUGGUGUUUGCCUCUUCAUCUUUGUACGACCUCACCAUGUCCCCUUCAUCAGGGAUGUAGCAGUGGACACAGUGAAGACUGGAAUGGGAGGGAAAGCUGGGAAUAAAGGAGCAGUUGGCAUCCGCUUCCAGUUUCACAGCACCAGCUUAUGCUUUCUAUGCAGUCACUUGACAGCCGGUCAGUCUCAGGUGAAAGAACGGAAUGAAGACUAUAAAGAGAUCGCACAGAAACUGAGCUUUCCAAUGGGAAGAAAUAUGUUUUCCCAUGACUAUGUUUUCUGGUGUGGUGACUUUAACUAUCGCAUUGACUUGACCUACGAAGAAGUAUUUUAUUUCCUCAAACGACAAGAUUGGAAGACACUCCUGGAAUUUGAUCAACUGCAGCAGCAGAAAUCCAGUGGGAAAAUUUUUAAGGAUUUUCAUGAAGGAACUAUUAAUUUUGGUCCAACAUAUAAAUACGAUGUUGGUUCAGAAGCGUACGAUACAAGUGAUAAAUGCAGAACUCCAGCCUGGACUGACAGAGUGCUUUGGUGGAGGAAGAAGCUUCCUAUUGAUAAAACAGCUGGAGAGAUCAAUCUUUUUGAUACUGAUUUCACUGGAGAAACCAAAAUCAGACCCAUUUGGUCUCCUGGUGCCUUGAUGUAUUAUGGAAGAGCUGAACUCCAGGCAAGCGAUCACAGGCCUGUUUUAGCUAUUGUAGAAGUAGAAAUCCAAGAAGUUGAAGCGGCUGCUCGGGAGAAUGUUUUCCAGGAAGUGUCCUCCUUCCAGGGUCCCCUGGAUGCCACUGUAGUGGUGACUCUGCAGACACCAUCCCCUGAAGAGAGGGAUGAAUUUCCAGAGGACUUGCGUACUGAGCUAAUGCAAAUCUUUGAGACUUAUGGCAUUGUUGUACUUGUCAGGAUCAAUGGAGGCCAAAUGCUGGUAACAUUUGCAGAAAGCAGGUCUGCUCUUCAUGUUCUUGAUGUAGAUGGUGUCAAGAUUAAAGGCAAGACAGUGAAGAUCUGGCCUAAAACCAAAGACUGGCUGAAAGGCCUUCAGGAGGAAAUUGUUCAGAAACGAGACAGCAUUGCCCCCAUGUCACCCACAGCAAACUCUUGCCUACUGGAGGAAAAUUUUGAUUUCUCAAGUUUAGAUUAUGAGUCAGAAGGUGAUAUCCUUGAUGAUGAAGAUGAUUAUUUGGAUGACAUGCUGCCUCAGUUACCUCUAGCAACAGAAAUGGCACUAGCAGUGGAAGACUUGCUGGACGGGCCUGAAUAUAUGAUGGUGGCAUCCAUGGUACAUGCAAACAAAUCUCACCUUGCUGGAAGAAAGCCACAUCCAUAUAAAGAUGAUGCUGCCGUGGCUGAACUUAAACAAGAGCUAGAAGGAAAUGGGGCAUUCCGCCAUCGUUCUCCGAGUAGGUCUCUUUCUGUUCCAGGCAGGCCUCGGCAGCCUCAGCCACCACAGCGGCCUCCUCCUCCAGCUGGCAUAUCAGUUAAAAAAUCCCCGCCAGAUGGGUUCAUCUCUUCAGGAGGCCGCUCCUUAUGCUCUAUCCUGCAGACGGCAAAGCUUCUUCCCGGAGCACCACAGCAACCACCCAAAUCACGGACUGGAAUUAGCAAGCCAUAUAAUGUCAAACAGAUCAAAACCACCACCCCUCAGGAAGCAGAGGAAGCCAUUCGAUGCUUGAUGCAAGCAAAAGGAGUAACCCCAGAGGAAGCCUUGGCACCCAUUCCAGUGACAACCCAAACUGUCACUAAAUCUGAAAGCUUUCCUGGUGUUCCAAAGCCUGCACCCCUUCACAGCAUGCCUGUCCCAGUGCUCGUCCCUCAGCGUCCACCGCCCAAAGUUCCAUCUACUAAGAAACUAUCCCCCCUGCAAACGACGGGAGGGAAGCCAGGAUGUCCUCUGUCUCCAGAAGAGCAGUUUGAACAGUCCAUUGGUCACUUCUCCUUUACAUUGCCAGAGUCUUGCCUUGAAGCCAGAGCUACAAGUCCUACCAGAGCAGCCCCUGUUCCUAAGCCAAGAACAGUCCACCCAGACAAAAUCCUCGAGAGGAGGCGGAGCAGUGAAAGGCAGCCGACUCCCCUGCACCUUCCAGAGGAAAGCUGUGGUCUUCCUUCUCUGAAUUCUAACUAUGCUCCAAGAGUUCCACCAAGGAGAAAGAAGUCUGCCCCUCCUGAUUUUCAUCUGCAAGCACUCCAGAACAGUGACAGCCUGUUUCUCAAGAGGUUAACUUUCAGUUCCAACAAGGACAAUAAUCCAUCUAUCAGUCAGGAUUCCGAGUCCCUCCCAUUCUCACUUAGAGAGUGCUCUUUUCCUGCAGCCGCCGCCAUGACCAGCCCAGUUGACAAUGGCUCUAACCUUUUGAGGCCAACUGCUUCAGAGUUAAUUGGUAGCCUGCAGGUUCCUCCUUCCAUGUGCCUCCAGCAGCAGCAGCAGCUUUCAGACAAUGACUUUCUUGGGGGAAGCACCAGUCUGUUAGACCUGGAGGCAGACUGUGCUACUUACCAGUCAGCCACUCAUCCUUUGCCAAUCAAUCCAACACACACUCCAAAAGAUUUGAAAAACUCCAGUCCAAGAGAUUUCAGCCACUGGGUUACAUUUGGUGAAGGUGGCAACAUUGGUACUAUCUCUCAAGACUCUACCGAACUGGUUGCCUUCAAGCAAAACCAAAACACCGGUGUAGACACAGACUGCAAUUUAAAACUAUGAGCCUUUUUUCCCUUGUCUUUUCUACAGCAAGCAAACAUAAUAAUAAUAAUAAUGGGACAAGAUUUUUUCUAAACCAGUUUGCUUUAUUCUCAGAGCCUCUGGUACAGGAAGGACUUAAGUUCAUCAAGUCAGUUACGGUACUUUACCCUCUCCCACACCCCAAAUGAAUCGUAUGGUACAUUGAGUAACAACUCUUUGUUUUACGUGUGCUGCUAUAAUUCUUUCUGGUGCAAUUACUUCUUGUUUGCACUUUGCUCACUUUCUGUACUUCAUGCCAAGGCUGGCUGGUUGCCCUGUACUCCCUUGCUGUGAAAAUGAUAGCACGGAGGAUUCUGCAUUAUGUCUAAAGAGGCACUUUUUGUCGCUUUGGGCACACAAGUGUAAUUGCUGUGAAAUGGUAAAUAGACUUUCUAGGAAAGGAGCCCUACUGAAUCGAGUAGGACUUAUUUGCCGAGUAUCUCAUGGCAUUUCCUAGAGCUGUUUGCCUCUGCCUCUUCCCUUUUGUGGUAGUUAACAUCUCCACAUUCUGGGAAAUUUAAAUCAGUUGGGCUCAGGCAAGCAAGCGCUCUGCUUUUCACUGAGGGUUGAAAGGGACAAAACUAUCUGCCAAUGGUGGCUAGUGAUAACAGCAUAGAAUAAUGUGGCACAGGAUAUAAAGUCAUCCAAGGCUGCUUUAGAAGUGGUGCUGCAGUCAACAGUGUUGCUAGUAUCAGGGACUGCCAUCUGUGUAAAAGGCCUGCAUAAUGAUACAGCUGAUAGCAAAUGGUAUCUGAGAAGAUGAGAGCACGAGACCAUAUACUGUAAGGCAGCUGCAGUCUCAUCUCUAGCAUGAGUGAAGGUUGGGAAGUGGCUCAGACAUGCCUCCCUUAGUGUGGGGAUGGGGAAUCUGUAGCCUUCUGCAUACUGCUGAACAUCAACACCAAUGGUGAGGGAUGAUGAGAACUAUAGUAUUCCAACAACAUCUAGAGGGCCACUGGUUCUCCAUCCCUGUUCCAGAAUAUCACUCCGUUGCUGUUCUGUAUUGCAUUUGCUGACCCACAUCCUGACUGGUUCCCUAUGAUUGAGAAGACCAUGUUGCUUAGGGCAGCCUUCACCAAUCUGGUGCCCUCCAGAUAUUUUGGACUAUUGCUCCCAUCAGCUAGCACAGCUCCCAAAUGAGCAACAUAUAUAGAAAAUGUCAGAGGCACAUAUGAGGGAAAUGUCUGUAUUCAAGGCUCCCAGUUCUCAUGCUUUGGAGCUACAAUCCCAAGAAUGAAAGUACCCUUUGCCUAGUAAAGCAUCAGGGCAGCUACUGUAGAGAACAGAUUAAUAAUGUAGUGUGAGCAUAAAAGGCAGAUAAUUUUAUUCUUAAUAGUUAACUAAUAAGGAAACACAUGUAAGGACCUACCUGUAGGAAUCAGACAAUGAUAUACCAUGUGGUGACUGUUCAAGACUGGUAAUUUACUUUUGAUGCAGUGGCAAAUUUAGUGAUUUGAUUUUAAUUGAUCUUAAAUAGUAAAGAUGGGGGGGACUAUAAAGUAUUUGACUAUCAUUUUUUGUAUUGAGGCUGUAAAU